AUGUCUGAAGUACAGGGAACGGUUGAGUUUUCUGUAGAGCUACACAAAUUCCACAAUGUGGAUCUCUUCCAGCGAGGGUAUUACCAAGUCCGAGUUACCUUGAAGGUCCCCUCAAGAAUUCCCCACAGAUUGAGUGUCAAGAUUGGUGGGCAAACAGAGAACUCCCAACUGGGUUCUGCCUGUGUCCAAGAGAAUACCGUGAACAGCCGGAUAUUUCAAAUCUUGUACAGGAAUGAAGAGAUUGUCAUUAAUGAGUCGAUGACCUUUCAAGUGCAUUUGCUCUUAGAUGGUGAAAGGGUUGAAGAUGCUUUAAGUGAAGUAGAUUUCCAGCUCAAGUUGGACCUUCAUUUUACAGACAGUGAACAGCAGGCAAGGGAUGCUUCGGGGAUGCCAACCAUCAGCAGCCGUACACUGGGCCUCCACUUCCAGCCUCGAAGCGGCCUGCACCACCACGUCCCUGUGAUGUUUGACUAUUUCCACCUAUCUGUGAUCUCCGUGACAAUCCAUGCCUCACUAGUGGCCCUGCAGCAACCAUUGAUCAGCUUUACACGCCCAGGGAAAGGAUCAUGGCUGGGUAAAGGCAGCCCAGAGGGAAGUUCAGAACCGUCACUUAUGUCCUUAGAAAGCCUUGUCUUUGGAGCUGGCUACUGCAAACCUUCUUUCUCAGAGGGAAGCUUUUACACACCCUCUGAGAAUUGUAUGCAACAUGCAUACAAAUGGCACCGGGAUCUAUGUCACCUUCUCUUGAAUACAUACAAAGAACUACACAUUUACUUCCUCAUCCUUAUGAAGGACAUCCCAGAUUUUCCACGGAAGAAGCUAGAGAAACUUGCUGUUGAAGAAACAUUAUCUCUUCUUUGUUCAGAGCUACAGCUGAUGAACAAUCCAGAGAAGAUAGCUGAGCAGAUAAGUAAAGACCUCACUUGGCUUUGCUCCCAUCUCUUGGAACUGUGGACCCAAUUUCUGGAAGUGGUGUCACUGAACCCUGAAGUCACAACAUAUCUCAACAAGGAGCACCAUGCUUUGAGGGUCAGAAGAUUUUCAGAGGCUUUCUUCUACAUGGAACACCAAAAGCUUUCUGUCUUGACAUUUCAGGAAAGUGUGAUCCAAAAACAAAGUCAGAUUGCUUUGGAAGUUCGGAAUUCUGAAUACUUCACCAGCAUGCCUCCCCUUCCAGCAGAAUGCCUAGAUAUUGAUGGAGACUGGAAUACCCUACCAGUUAUUUUUGAGGACAGAUACGUGGAAUGUCCUGGGAAAGGGAAUAAUUUGAGAGUUUCUCCAGAUGCUGGUGCUGCUGUUAAAACUACCCCGAAAGUGGGACAAAAGGAAAAAGAGAAGGGCCGACCUCCACUUGCCAGUGCAACGUCUGAGAAAACACCAUUCAGGGAAGAAGCUUCUUUGCCAGGCAGCUCUGGAUCGGACUAUAUGUGUCCCGGGACGAGCGGGGAAGUUUCUGUGGACACAUACUUACCCUAUAGCUCAGAAUCUCAGGUAUACUUAACAAUUGGUGAAUCCCAGGAUGAAAUGGGCUUACUUCCCGAGCAUCCAGCAGUUUCAGCAGAGGAUCCUGGAACUGACUCGAAGCCUGUUGUUUUAGCACAUCCCGCAAUAGACAUUAGCAGACCUGAGCAGAAUGUGGCUGGAGAUAAUAAUCUGGCAUCUUGCUUGACAUAUAUUGAAAUGAACCCCAGCAAUAAACACCCUGAUAAUGGCGAACCUGGGUUAGUCAUUGCUACUCAUUAUGAGACCAGAUCCCCUAUAGAUAAUUAUAUCAGGACUGUAUCAGAUGAAGCAGCCACAUUUCCCAUCCCUGAGGAUGUUGUCUCCACAGACAAAGCUGUGUUAGAUGAAGGAAGCAAGGAGGAGAAUGGAGCCAGUAAGGCCACGCUGCUAUCAAAGAAACAUUUUCCAGUGAACUUGGUUGAUCCAUUAAGUCCAACACCAAGGGAUCUAUUUGAUGUGAAGUCAUUGCCGAGGGAUCCAAACAGUAAAGAACGUGAAGCGUUAUCAGCGCUGUCUGGGACCAUCAAACGGUCUUCUUCGGUUAUCUCUGACUCGGGCAUUGAAAGUGAGCCCAGCUCUGUUGCUUGGUCUGAGGCCCGUAGCAGGGCUGUAGAAUUACCCAGUGACCGAGAGGUCUUGCACCAGCUUGUAAGACGGCAUGCUAUCCACAGAAAUUCCUUAGAAGGUGGCCACACAGAAAGCAAUACAAGCUUGCCUAGUGGAAUCCAAGCUUCCCUCACCUCCAUUAACUCUUUGCCUUUUGAGGAAGACGAGAGAGAGGUGGCACUCAACAAGCUAACUAAAUCCGUUUCAGCCCCUCAGAUAAAUAGCCCAGAGGAGUUGGCAGAGGACAAUGACAUAUCCAGAAGUGACCAGUGCGAUUCAGAGACCUUGGAUGGACACUUUCAGAAAUACCUUGAAGAAAACCCAACUGAGAGCAAAAGCAUAGACUCCAUUAGGAACUUUCCAGGGUUUCAAAAUGACCCCCAAAAGCAUGACUAUGAAGUCUGUAAUUCACUAGUAGAGAUGGUUUUUGAUACAGAUCAUCCACAGGAAGAGAAGGGCUACAUGGACUUAGCAGAGGCUAAUGAAAAUCCACGUUUUCUUUUUGGGCACUGUAGUUUCACCUAUAGCGAACCGGUGGUGGAUGAGACAUCUUAUGUCAGUGGAGCUAAAACCAAAGAAUUGAAUUUAGACAUACUUCAUGUCUCUAAAGUAGAUACUAUCCAGGAUGAUGUUUCUAAUACAGAUCCGUUGGAGAAUCCAAAGACCAGGUCUGAGGUCUCGAAGACUGACAAUAACCCGUUUUCCAGGAUCAACAUCUCAGUCAUUGAGGAUUCCCCUCCAUCCCCACAUCAGGUGCCUGAAUUUUCCUGUAGUUCCUCUACAGAAACUGUCAGGCUAGAUUCAAACACAGAGAAAAGUAGAGACUCUUCCAUGGCCGAUGAUGUUUCUACCCAAGAAGGGUCCCAGAUUUUGCAGGAAGUCGAUCUGGAUGAAAUCACUGUGGUCCACCACAGCCAGGAAAUCCAUGACAAUGAUUAUCAAUGUCUUGAAAACUUUGACUCUAAACCUAUUGCCAACAGCAACAACUUCCAUUUUGCCAGUACAGAGGCAUUAGCACUGGACACAAGAAAGGCUGUGGAGGUGGUUAAUUUGUCUGUGUCCUGCACAGCCACAUGUCUUCCUUUCUCCUCAAUGCUUAAAGAAGCUCCUGCCAAGGGUGGACUUUCUUCUAAACAAAAUCCGUUCCCAAUUACCCAUCAGCCUGUGGGUUCCUUUGGGGUGGUCUCAUGUGAGAGAAGAAAUUUUGAGGAAGAAAUUAAUGAGAGAAUGUUUAGUUUUUAUCAGGCCAAAGAGAAAUUUAAAAAAGAACUGAAGAAUGAAGAAUGUCUGUACAGUGACUUAUCUGUACUAGCUUCUGACAUGCCAUAUUUUCCACCAGAGGAAGAGGAAGAAAACUUGGAAGAUGGGAUUCAUCUGGUUAUCUGUGUCCAUGGGCUAGAUGGUAAUAGUGCAGACCUCCGCUUGGUAAAAACCUUUAUUGAACUGGGCCUUCCUGGAGGAAAAUUGGACUUCUUGAUGUCUGAGAGGAAUCAGAGUGACACAUUUGCUGACUUUGAUACAAUGACCGACCGAUUACUGGAUGAGAUCAUUCAGCAUAUCCAGUUAUAUAAUCUCUCCAUUUCUCGAAUCAGCUUCAUUGGCCAUUCCCUUGGCAACAUCAUCAUCCGAUCCGUAUUGACUCGGCCUCGUUUUCGGUAUUACCUCAGCAAGCUCCACACCUUCCUGUCUCUCUCUGGACCACACCUGGGGACCCUUUACAACAAUAGUACUCUUGUUAGUACAGGUUUGUGGCUCAUGCAAAAGCUGAAGAAAUCUGGAUCCCUUUUACAGCUGACCUUCAGGGACAACACAGAUUUGCGCAAAUGUUUUCUGUACCAACUGAGCCAAAAGACAGGCCUUCAGUAUUUUAAAAAUGUUGUAUUGGUUGCUUCUCCUCAAGACCGCUAUGUGCCAUUUCAUUCAGCAAGAAUUGAAAUGUGUAAAAUGGCUCUCAAGGACAGGCAUACAGGGCCAGUUUAUGUUGAAAUGAUCAACAACCUUCUCCAGCCUCUGAUUGAGGCCAAGGAUUGCACUGUAAUUCGACACAACGUGUUCCACGCUCUGCCCAACACUGCCAAUGCCCUGAUCGGCCGAGCUGCCCACAUAGCUGUGCUCGAUUCUGAACUGUUCCUGGAGAAAUUUUUCCUGGUUGCGGGGCUCAACUACUUCAAAUAA